AGACUGUCCUUCCUGAGAAAUCGGACUCAGGUGGGGGACGUCACGCGUAACAGCUGAGCCACCAGCAUGCCAAUGAACUCAACACUCUGCCCUUCAGCCAGAGAUCUUGAGCCAAAAAUAGUUCUCACCAGCCGAUCAUGCUUCCUCCCAGUCUGCUGACCUGCACGAGACGCCCGAAAUGUCCGGACAUCAUAUUCCGGGUGCGAUAACCCCGCGUACAGUGCUGGUCUGUUUUGUACGCGGGUUCUGUCAGCGUAACUAGCGAGCUGUACGAAGCAGAUAAAAGGAGUAGGUUCGCGGUACACUUCUGCAGCAGUUACCCUCAACCAGCCUCGUCAAAGUAAAACCUCUCACCAACAACUAGUCAUGAAAUUCACAUCGGCUGUCAUCUCCCUCCUUGCUAUCGCUCUUCCCGUGCUCGCUCAGACUGAGAGCCUUUCAUAUGAUAACACUUACGAUAAUGCUGAUCAGUCUCUCACCACCGUCGCCUGCUCAAAUGGGCCUAACGGGCUCAUGAACUAUGGCUACACGACUCUUGGUCAAUUGCCUAAUUUCCCCAAUAUCGGUGGUGUCUACACUGUUACGGGAUGGGAUUCAGUUUACUGCGGAACAUGUUACGAAGUGACGUACGGCAGCACGACAAUUGCAAUCCUUGCUGUUGAUACUGCGAGUGAAGGGUUUAACGUUGCGGAGGCAGCGAUGAAUGAGCUUACUGGGAAUCAGGCUGAGUUUUUGGGGAGGGUGACGGUGACUUCAGUUCAAGUAAAUGCAUCUGUGUGUGGCCUUUGAAGACACCAUUGGUUACUUGAAUUCAGGUUCAAGGACACGUUUAACUUUCAUACUUUUGGGUAAUUGUGUCACUGUGGAACUGGACAUUGAUU